AUGGGCAACUGCCUGGCAUCAAUAGUAGCUGAAAUCGUUAUGUCCGAAUUACAAGAACAAGCACUAAGUGGGUUAUCUUUCCGUGUCCCUCUCUUUAAAAGAUAUGUCGAUGAUAUAUUUACAAUUUUACCCCAUGACAAAAUAAAUGAUACCGUGGGAGUAUUCAAUAACUUCCAUCCAAGAUUGCAAUUCACCGUGGAAAUAGAAUCUAAUGGGAGCUUGGCUUUCCUGGACGUGGAAGUAAUUAGGGACGGGGUCUCUCUUAUAACCCGAUGGUAUAACAAACCAACUUUCUCCGGAAGAGUACUUAACUUUUACUCUCACCAUCCUUUCUCCCACAAAGUGAACAUUAUAAACAAUAUGAAAAGUAGAGCCCUUCAACUCUCUCACGAAAGUUUCCACAGCAACGUAGGUACUAAAAAAGAUCAACAAUAUUCUAAUGGAAAAUAA